ACCCGCUGCACACCGGUCGCGCGCGCUAAUCGUUAAACUCGCAUGCACCGCGUGAUCGUCCGUCGUUGCAGUCGUCGUCAUAAACAUCAGCGCGCAACCGGCUUUACAACAACAACAACAACAACAACAAUAAUAAUAACAACAACGACGACAACGACAAUAAACGGCAACAGGAGAGAAGAACGCGCGGCGCAAUAGCAAUAAUAAUAAUAAUAAUAAAUAAUAUCAUCGUCGUAUUUUUAUUGCUAUGAUAUAAAUUAAUAUUAUACCUUCGGACGGUCGCGAGUUACUCGCCGGGGCACGCGGACACUCGUGUAACGCACACGUGUUAACCCUGACCGCGCUCAACAGAACGACAUCGUCGUCGCAGUAGCAGCGGCAGCAGCAGCAGUCGUCAUCAGUUGCUCAACGAUAACGACUCGCGUGAUUCAGAGUUUAUUAUAACUUUAAUAAUAAUCAUUUUAUUAUAUUAUUAUUAAUAGCAAUUUCGAAUUUUUUUUUUUCUUAUAUAAAUUUUCGUUUUCGAUCGUAACACGAGGAAAAUUAACGAAUCGGGCGCGAUGCAAUUUUUGACCGGUACAUCGCAGACGAGUGCCGGCGGUGGCGGUAUGUUCGGCGGCGCCGAUGGCGCGGAGCUGUACGCGGCCACGGCGUCGGCGCCUGACCAUUACUUUUGCCAGCGAAUGUUGUACGCGAUGCAGUUCGAUUCGGUGGCCGCGGCCGGCGCCGGUAUGUGUUCGCCGUUGUUACCGUCGUCGUUGUCGUCGCCGCCGUCACCGCCGUCGUCGUCGUCGCCGUUAUCGUCAUCAUCGCCGUCGUCGUUAUCGUCGUCGUCUUCGUCGUCGUCGUCGUCGUCGUCGUCGUCGCCGUUAUCGUUGUCGUCGCCGUUAUCGUUGGCGUUAACGCCGUCGAUCGGCGGUCGUUGCUUCACGACAACCGCCGCCGCCGGGGACGUGAAAAUGAUGGACGCGUGCCCGGCGUCACCGGUUAACGAUCAUCAUCUUCAUCAUCAUCUACAUCAUCACCAUCUUCAGCUGCAGCAACAGCACGCGGUCGAGAACAGGAAGCGUCCGUUACAGGACACGUUGGACGGUGCAAAUGUCAAAAGAACACACUGCUCGUCCGUUACAGGAAAUUCAGAUGGAAUGUAUCACAUGAAAAUUUUAAUUCCUUGUAUUACUGCUGGUGCCAUCAUAGGUAAAGGUGGGGAGACAAUUGCGCAGCUUCAAACAGAGACCAAUACUAAAAUAAAAAUGUCAAAAACAAAUGAUUUUUAUCCCGGCACGACCGAAAGAGUUUGCAUAAUAUCUGGAUCAAGUUCUGAACAUAUAAUGGCAGCUCUUACAUUUAUUAUGGAACGAAUCCGGGAAAAACCAGAUGCGUCAAAUAGAGUUCAAAAUUCUGGUGAUGCAAUUGCAGAUCGAGAAAAACAGGUGAAAAUCCUAAUACCCAACUCAACAGCAGGUAUGAUUAUUGGUAAAGCCGGAGCGUACAUCAAACAGUUGAAAGAAGACAGCGGAUGUUUCGUGCAGAUAUCGCAAAAAGCGAAAGACACUACACUCCAAGAACGGUGCAUUACCGUGUCAGGUAACACGGAAGGGAACAAAAAAGUGUGCUUAUGCAUACUAAACAAAAUAAUCGAAGAUCCGUUGAGUGCGUCCUGUCCGAAUUUAAGUUACGCCGACGUCAACGGGCCGGUGGCGAAUUUCAAUCCCACGGGAUCGCCGUAUGCCCUGGCUACCACUAAUUGCUCCAACAAUCAGACCAGUUACAACUUAAACACCACGUCGUUAUCCGCACAGGAUGUCAGUAAUGGGAUAUUCACGAACAAAUUCUUAGACAACGUAAAGCCGUUAUUGAGGUCCAGUGGAUAUCCUGAAUCCGCAGUCAAUGAAAUAGCCAUCGCCUUUUUGACGUUAGCCAAGCACAACGUACUCAGCCCGAACAGUAUAAUCGGACUGAUCAACCAAACCAGCAUUCUGCAGCCUGCCCCGUCGGUGCCGCACCACAACGGCACCGGGCUCCUGAGCACGGUUACCAACGACCUGUUCGACCUGGGCCUGGCCGGCGGCGCGAUAUCCAUCAACGCGAUCCUGUCGCAGAACGCGGCCAGCCCGACGCUGUCCAACGCCAACUCGUACGGGUUAGGCGUGGCGGCAGCAGCGGCUGCCGCGGCCGCGGCCGCAUCCACGCCCAAAGCGAUCGGGCCGACGACAAACGCGGCAGCCGCAGCAGCAGCGGCCGCAGCGGCUGCGCUGUACGAGAUGACCGCCGACGACCAGCAGUCCGUCAAGCGGGAGAUGGACGUGCCCGAGUCCAUCGUUGGCGCCAUCAUCGGCCCCGGCGGCCGGUCGCUGGUCGAAAUCCAGCAGAUGAGCGGCGUCACCAUUCACAUAUCCAAGAAGGGCGUGUACGCGCCGGGCACCACCAACCGGAAGGUGACCAUAUGCGGGUCGGCCAGCGGCAUAGCGAUGGCCAAUUACCUCAUGCAGCAGAGGAUCGUCGACGAGGAGACCAAGCGGGCCCGCGCGUUCUGAGCCGCAUGACGCGCCGACGAUUCCGCCCGCGUCCGAUUUGUUCUAUACCAUAUUAUAUAGUCUAAGUAUUACAAUAACUCGCCUUCUACGUAAUUUUCAUAUUCAUAUUAUUAUUCAUGUUAUUAUUAUUACUAUUAUUAUUAUUUGUACUGAUGCUUUUUCCUCGACCCAUCUACAACCCCAUUCAUUACCCCGUCCCAUCCCCUAACUCUGAUAUCACCCCUCACCCGUGUGUAGUAUGUGCGUGUGUGUGUGUGCGUGUGUCUGUGUCUGUGUGUGCGCCGUGCGUGCGUGUCUAUGUACAUUAUAGUAAUAUAUUAUUAAAUAAAACGGGUGGACGUCAUUCGAUGACGUUUUUUUUUUUUUUUCGUGGGCGAGUUCUUAUUUUUCUGUCGUUAUUAUUGUUUUUAUUUUUCAAAUUUUAAAUUUUGAACGCUAACGGUCCGACAAUCACGCGGACGUGGAAAUUGGCGGCGGGAAAUCACCACAGUCAUAUUUUAUUGAUUCGUACAUGGGUAUAAUGUUUUAUUAUAUAUUUAUUAUUGUUCAUGUGUGCCUUACAAAAAUAUUACAUCCCAUCAUACAUUAAGCCUAUAACAUCACUAUAUAUACAACGACCGUUGAACUUUUUGUGGUCUUUCCAUAAUAAUUUAUAUAUAUAUAUAAAAAAAAAAAUUAAAUCGUUAAGGUUUGUUUGUUUCGUUAGCCGCAAUGAUCAUAUUAUAAUAUUAUAAUAAAAUUAUACUGAACCAAAUAAAUGAAUUGAUUAGGUAGGUACACAAUUAUUAUUGAUUGUUAUUAUUAUUAUUAUUAUUAUUAUUAUUAGAAUGUGUUAUGUGGUCUUUCGUAGGGGUCGUAUAGCUUUCGUUUAAUAUUGAAUAUGCUAGCAGAUUUAAUAAGUGGACCAAAAGUGGAUAAAAGUUAACAUGUAUGUUCGCUGAAAUGAAUAUACGUUUUCACUAGGAAACGUUAUGCGUGAGUGAGAAAACGUUUUGAAGGUCGAAACGUAAAAGUUACAUUUUAUAGUUUCCACUUUCGUAUAUUCGAACAGCUCCUAGAAUUUUAUCGACAUUGUAAAUAUUACACAAAUUUAUUUAUUUUUGAAAUAUUGUUCAGUCCCGCCCCGUUCAACAAAUUGUUUCUGUACAAUAUCUGGUCCUACAUGUCAUCAUACACCAGUAAUAUUAUUAAAUUCAUAAAUUAAUCUUAUUUUAGAGUUUAAACCGUUGCACUAGACAGUAGUUCAACUUUUCAUCUUGUCGAGUUCGCAAUGUGCGUUUAAGACUGAGACAAUAAUACAACAAUAUACGGACUAAUGAGCAUAACAUAUUAUUAUAUAUAGUUUUACACUCAUCCGACAUUCAUACAUUCUCAAUGGAUUAUUAUUUUAGCCAUGCCUACCUCUUCGUCCCUUCGAAAACGUAUGCGCAGAAAGAAGAGGACUUGCGUAAGUGAUACGUUUUUUUAUUUUUUUUGAACAGGGUAUAUAAUAUUCACGGGACGGCUCAAGUCAUUCAUUACACGGGUCAUAUUAAAAUAUAUAUAUAAUCACAUCGAUGAGAGGGGCUUCCCCCAUAAACUAAUCAGUAAACACACUUAUUCCAUGUAGGUAUGUAUGUAGUAUAUAUUAUUAGGAUUAAACAACGCGAGUAAGAACCUUUAGUGAAUUUACGUGUCUUAUUUAUUGUUUUCAUUUCGUUACAUAAUAUUAUGAAUAAGUCGUCCCCAAACACAAACCAUAUUAUUCAGCUUAUUGGAGAAAAAAAAAUAUUUUUAUUGUUUAAAAGUAAUUUGCUCAACAGAUCCCAACAAGCCGUAUAGUUAAUUACCGUUAACCAAAACUUUAUUCUAUUCGUCACACCGUGGUCCGAGGACGAUUAUAUAAUUUCUUUUCUAUUUUAUUUUUUUUUUUACGGAAUAAUGUGAUGUAAUAGUUUUGUUUUAAAAUUGGUGUGAAAUGCAUUGGUGCUUUUUAAAUAUUAUUUGUAUAUAUAAAUAUAUUUCAUACAUAUAGGGUGGUAGAACUGUUUAAUAAACCUACAAUUUUAUUUCAGCAUGCAUUGCAUAUAGGUAAAGUGUAUUAUAUUAGGUACAUUAAUAAUAUUAUAAUAAUUUGCAAAAAAACAACUUACUCAUUUUGUUUCUACUCUAGUAGAUAUUUUUCGAUUUUGGUGACAAAUGAUCUGUGGUUUUAAUCUUAUUACACACUAUAAUAUACUAUUUUUUGAUGUCUGAAUUGUCAUACUACAUUACAUUUUAAUCAGUUCGUUUACGUGUGUGUAUUUAUAGAACUUUUCAUAAACCUUUAGUCUAAAAUCCGUCCUGAAAUAAACGUUAUUUAAUGGUCAAUAACUAUUCUAUCAUCAUUCAUUUAUUUUAUUUUUCUAUUUUAAUGGACUGUAGCUAAUAAAUUAUCAUCGGGUAACGGAUUUGCUAUCGUCCAAAAUGAAAAAAAAUAAAAAUAAUAUUGAUUAUGAACUCGAUCUCAGCGAUACUAAAAAUAUGAUUGCUCGAUCUGAGUGUCAAAUUUCAAAAUAAAGUAAAACUGUUUGAUGUACCCUUUUUUAGAAUUAAAUUUUGAAAAUAAUUAAAAUUUACGUAUAUCUAAGUAUUUAUGUGGCCUCGUUAUUAUAUACUCCCAUGUAUUAAGGUGGUUAGUGAUAUUAACAAAGAAUAACGUUUGAUGUUAAACUCAGGGUUAUGAGUUUUAAUUUUAAUAUUGUAAUGGGGACUGUAGUAAAAUAGAAAGUUAUGAUUAGUCUUUAUUUAUGUUUAUAUAGAGCUAUAAUAAAAGCCACAUAAUGAGUUCAAAUACAAGAUAAUAUUUUCGAAAUAGUAUAAUAUAUUAAAUAAAUUUAUGAACAUAGUUUUAAUGUACAAUGUCUAUUGAAAUGUAUUUUCGUAGAAGUGUUUUAAUGUUAAAAUAUAAUAAAAACAAUUCAGUAACUUGAAAUUUAAAAUAAAUAUAAUAAUAAAAAUAGCGUGUUUUGGCUUUGUCACAACACAAUAUUUCGGCAAUCAAAGAAAAUAUACCAAAAAACAGAUUUUAAUUAUUUUACCGUUAAACGAACAUAUCACACAUUAAAUAAAUAAUAACAUAUAAUGUAUAUUAUGUGAAUGUAUACACAUGACGAUGCACAUGGAUAUACGUGAUAGUGAUAUAUUGAUAUACUUUACCAUUUUCACAACCUUGUGAUUUUUUUUUCUUAUACUAUAUUGUUUAUUUAUACUUACCAUUCAUUAAUCAUUAUAUCAUUCCAUAACUCAUUUUCACACGUUUAAAACAAAGAAAAUGUGAUAUUUAAAUUUAAUGAACUAUAUAAUUGUAUUGUAUACAUUGUUUAUCCUAUAUAAUAUAUAUGUAGGCAUAAGUAGCUGCUAAAAAAUUCAAAGCUAAAACACUCCUACGACAUUAAGAUCUUAACUCAGUAUAAUUUAAGGUGUAACUUUAUAAUUGUUUUAUCUUUUAAGUUUUUAUUAAAGGGAAAUUAUUAUGUCCAAGAUUAAUGGAAUUGGUACAGAAAUAAAAAUGCAUUUUGUUGUUACGGUAAA